UCUGGUGGUGGGUGGAGUAUCCGAAAGUGCAACAUAGCCUACUCUGCCCGUGUCGAUCCAUACAUAUCGUCGAGAUGGAUAUUCUUUCCGUACUUCAGACGAACUUUCUCUCACUGGUUUUGGGCGUUAUUGUUUUUGUGUUGCUGUGGAUGAAUCGAGGUAAAAAGAGCAGCUUUGAAAGAUUACCGCCGGGUCCCCCUCCGUCUCCCAUUGUUGGCAAUUUAUUCCAAAUAGACCUAGCGGAGCCAUAUAAGUAUUAUCUGCAGCUCUGCAACAAGUAUGGGUCAGUGUGUACCAUCUGGCUGGCCAACAAACCAGUGAUCAUACUGUCCGGAUAUCAGGCCAUCAAAGAUGCCCUUGUCACUCAGGGAGAGGAGUUCAAUGGGAGGGCUCAGUACCCACUCCUGGUGAGGUCAACCAAUGGAUUUGGUGUGUUGGCCAGCAGCGGUCAGCGCUGGAAGUACCUCCGUCGGUUCUCCAUCAUGACGCUGAAGAACUUUGGGAUGGGGCGGAGGAGUGUGGAGGAGAGGGUCCAGGAGGAGGCCAGGAGCCUGGUGAAGGCGUUUCAUGAGUUUGAUGGCGCAGUUUUCAACCCCAAAGAACUGCUGUGUAAUGCGGUGUCGAACGUCAUCUGUUCCAUAGUGUUUGGGCACAGGUUUGAGUACAAAGACCCAGAGUUCUUGCUGCUCUACGAUACAGUCAACGCCUACUUCGACGUGCUCAACAGUCCUAUUGGCAUACUCUACAACACCUUUCCUAAAUUUGUCGAGUGCAUUCCUGGAAAGCACAAGAAACUGUUUGCGUUGCUGCAGAAGGCUCAGGAUUAUGUUAAGAAUCAGGCAGAGAUUCGAUUGAAGCACCUGGAUGCCAACUCCACUCCCCAAGACUACACAGAGGCUUUUAUGAUUAAAAUGAUUCAGGAGAAGGACCUCCCAAAUAGUGAGUUUCACUAUGACAACCUGGUGAGCAGUGUGUGGAACCUGUUCGCAGCUGGGACUGAGACCACCUCCUCCACCAUGAGACACGCGCUACUGAUGAUGAUUAAGCACCCAGAUAUUCAAGCGCGUGUCCAUAAGGAGAUUGAUGAAGUUAUUGGCCAGGAAAGAAGCCCCUCCAUGGAUGACAGGUCUAAGAUGCCCUACACGGACGCUGUAAUUCAUGAGGUGCAGCGUAGCCUGGACCUGGCCCCAACCUCUGUGCCUCACAAGGUGAACGUUGACACCGAAUUCAAGAAAUACUUCAUCCCAAAGGAUACUAUGGUUCUCCCUCUGCUCUCUUCGGUUCUCAUUGACCCUAAACUGUGGAAGAACCCAGAGAAUUUUUACCCUGAAAACUUCUUAGAUGAGGAGGGACGAUUUAAGAAGAACGAUGCCUUCCUGGUUUUUGGAUUAGGGAAGCGAGCCUGUCUGGGAGAGGGUCUGGCCCGGAUGGAGCUCUUCCUGUUCUUCUCCUCUCUUCUCCAGCACUUCACCUUUGUGGGCACCAAGCCUCCAGAGGAGAUCGACACCACCCCCACCUCCUGCAGCUUUGGCAUGAUGCCUCGCAGCUACGACUUCUACGCCAAACCCAGGGCAUAGAUGACAGGGCAGUGGACCUGCACUAUGGACAUGGACACACUGCAGGUGUAGUUAGACUAUGUUUCAAAACAGGAUGUUGUAUUUGAAUAUAAAUUAAUGACUUGAAUUGGGGUGAUUGGUUCAGUUUAGCUUCAGGGUAAACAAGUCACUUUCAAGACAUAAAAUAGUAAUAUAUCCAACCCAACUCAUUGGUAUGUGCAAUUUUUAAAACGGAUUGAGUUUGUACAAAGGUGAACUCUUAUCAACCACCUGAAGGUAAAACGUCAUGGUCAGUAUGGAAAGUGUGUGAUUUUGUUUUAGCUUGAAUGAGCGUCUGCUGGAAGAACUGAUGUGGUUUGUCUCCAUCACCUACGUGGCUAUAUACGUAUACCAAAAUAGAGUAUGGAUUUUAAACUGCACUGUAAUGCUGCCGUAACACAGUGGCAUCCCAUAGUUUAUGAUACUCUGACAUCUCUUAUUUGAUAUAUACACUUCUGAUCCACUCAAUACUUUCCAACUCCAAAAAUACACAGUACAUCCCAUCAACCAUAUCUCAAGUACAAACAUCAGAAUCUUUCAUCUGGAUCUUCCUGCUUUGUUACAUGUAUGGUGGAGUUAAAUAAACAGGACAGUCAGUCCUUUGUUCAUUCAUUGUGAUGGUUACAUUUAGCCUGGGUAAAUUCAUAAGUUUCACGUAGAAACAAUAGAUCUCUGUGUUGUAUUGUUACUUUGCUCACCAUUUCAUCAAGUAUGUGUAUGUAUCUCUUUCAAAUAAAAAAAAAUGUUUGUUGUACA